AUGGAAGUGUUAUUGAAGAUGGGAAAGUUCACUGGGAUAACCUCUGAAUUAGCCAUACCGGCCGACCCUUCAACCUACAUUCCAAUUCAAAAGCGGCCACCUAUUACAGCACAAGUAAUUAUUGGCACACCUGGCACAAUAUGUAAAUGGAUGCAAGCAAGGAAACUCGCCAUGACCCAAAUGAAGAUUCUUGUGUUUGAUGAGGCAGACCACAUGUUGGCAGAGAGUGGUUUUCGAGAUGAUUCAGUGAAGAUAAUGAAGACGAUUGUAAAAGGCAAUUCGAGUUGCCAGGUCCUUCUGUUCUCAGCUACCUUUGAUGAUGCUGUCCGAGCUUUUGUGUCUAAAAUAGUUGAGGAGAUUUUUGUCCGAGACUAUAAUCAGAUGUUUGUCAAAAAGGAAGAACUAUCUUUGGAAUCCGUUAAACAGUAUAAGGUCCAUGUUCCGGAUGAGCUUUCCAAAAUCAUGGUGAUCAAAGACCAGAUACUCGAACUCGGAGAAAAGGUGGGGCAGACAAUUGUAUUUGUUCGGUCCAGGAACAAUGCUGCAAUGUUGCACAAAUCUCUAGUCGAAAUGGGUUACGAGGUCACCACAAUCCAAGGUGCUUUGAAGCAAGAAGAUAGGGAUAGAAUUAUAAAAGAGUUCAGGGAUGGGUUGACUCAUGUUCUAAUUUCUACCGACCUUCUGGCUCGAGGCUUUGACCAGCAACAGGUUAAUUUGGUCGUCAAUUAUGAUCUUCCCGUGAGAUAUGAUAGACCCACUGAACCUGACUACGAAGUUUACCUGCAUAGGGUUGGUAGAGCAGGACGCUUUGGCCGCAAAGGUGCAGUGUUUAACUUGCUUUGUGGCGACCGAGAUGACCUGGUCAUGGGGAAGAUUGAGAAAUACUUCAACACGCAAAUAGCCGAGGUAAGCCAGUGGAAUAGCGCUGAGGAAUUUCGAGUAGCUCUGAACAAUGCUGGUCUACUAUGAGUUUGAUUUUGUUCUUUAUUUGUGUACCGACCACCGUGUGAUACAUUCGGUGUCAGCUUUUAUGUCGUGAACAACCGAUUUCAAAAUCUCCCUACUGGAUAGAUACAGUUCUAUAUAUUUCUGUCUUGGGACUUGAAAUUUAAUAGAACUUCGUCGGUAUUUAUUUAUUUUUUGGUUUGUGGGGAUGAGAUGUGAUUUCUAUUGCUACGAACUGAUAUAUCUGCUGCUUUUGAGUAGUUGAGUGUGUUUUUGAGGUCGAAUGGAGUUUUGCUAUCAGACUUGUCCCAACAUCUCACGAGUGGAUAUUUUAUCAAUUGAGUUGAAUUCAUAUGGCAAUUAGCAA